AUGACUAAAAUAGAUAAUCUCCGUCAAAGCCCCAAAAACGUCGGCAUCAGGUCCCUCACAAUCAAAGAAAGGGGAGAAGAAUUGGUUUCUCGAGUUGGGAAACAUGUAUACAGAAGAAAUGGCGUUAUCACUGAUCUAAAGUCACUUGGAACAGUUCAGUUGGGUUAUGGUAUCAAGAAGCUUGAUGGCAGAUACUAUCAGGGCCAAUUGAUGCAAAUGACAAUGAUGACCCCACCAAGCUUUAACAGUGAGCUUCAUUAUUUAAACAAAGAAGACCGUUUGUUACGUUGGCUGUUGGUCAAACAUCGUGACAUUAAAUUUGGUGUGAAGAAGAUGAUGAUGAUGAUGAUGAUGAUGUGGAAGAAUAUGAUGCAGCUUUCCAACAACAGAACAAUGAUGUUUGAUUUUGAUAAAUUUUAG